AUGGGGAAGGCAAAGAAGUCAAAGAACGUGGGCUCCUGUGGCAUGUACCUUUUCCUGGAUGAUUGCAAGGGAAACCUGUCCCUCCUCGUCCAUCGAAGGAGCAAGCAGGUGUCAGAGUCGAACCAGGUUGCAGCGCCUGGCGGCAUCGUGGAGCGAUCACGAUGCGGCCCAGAUGGGUCCGACAUCUACGUCGGGGCGCGGGCGACGGCCUUGGCGGAGCUACGUGAGGAAACCGGCUUCGAAGUCGAGGAGCCAGACGUGUUUGAUCUGAAGACAGCUCCAGAAUGUGCCUGGUGGGGCGAAGGCACCCACUUCAACUUCGGCUAUGUUUGCUACCAGCGUCCGACCAUACCCGGGCCAGAGAGGGACUCCCUCCACGAGUUGAUCCGGGGUGGCAUGGAGAGGAUUGGCAUCCCCGCCGGGGAUGGGUAUCACGCCUGGGUGGAGAUCAACGAGCUACUAGAGCGCGAUGAUUUGAUGCAGGCAUGUCGCGUCCCCUGCAAGCACUUCAAAGAACUGGCGCCGACGCUCGCCGAGCAAUGGCAUGCCCUGCCUCCGAAGCCAUCUACAAGCUUGAGCCGCGGAAGCCCUGAAGGCAGCCUGCAUGGCAGGCCCUGGGUCACACAGGCCCUGGCCCGGCCCUGCAAAUAUGCGGCCCCCAGCGCGCCGAGGUUGCGCCCAAGCCCGGAGAGGAAGGGCGCGAAGCCCAAGUCUGCGGUGCAAGCUCCGUCUGCACAUGAGGACGAAGAGCUGCCAGCAAGGCCGAUGAAGCGACCUCGAGGCUCUGUCGCCCGCCAGCUGGCAGGUUUGGGACCUUGA